AUGUCUUUUUUUCGACGAAUCUUCGGCGGAAAUCAACCAAAUGAUAAUCUUCGUAUUAUUAUCACGCGUCAUGGUGAACGAGCUGAUCUUGCAUUGGGAAAGCAAUGGUUAAAUAAAAUGCUUCAGAAUGGCGGUCAGGAUCCUCGAAUACCACCGUUAGCUCAGCGUCCUCAAUUUCGUGAUUGGUAUUACGAUCCUCCUUUAACAAUUGAUGGCGAACACCAAAGUGCGAACGUUGGUCAAAAAUUACUUCAGAUGGGUUAUCAGAUUGACUACUGUUAUUCGUCACCAGCUUAUCGAUCGGUACAGACAGCUACUAAGAUCCUUGAAAGUCAAGGACGCAAGACCGUUCCAAUUAAUAUCGAACCUGGUCUUUUCGAAUGUCCAUCGUGGUACGCUGGCAAACCAUUCGUCUUUGUUCCUCCGGAGUAUCUUGCUGCUGAUAGAAGAUUCAAUGUUAAUCCCGGAUAUACACCGCUCUAUUCCGGUGUCGAUCCAACCGAAGAUGAACGUGUAUAUUACCGACGAUCUCGGCAUCUCAUUCGUGAAAUCAUUCGCGCACAUAAACAUCAAGGAGGAACCGUUUUACUAUCAGCACAUGGUGGUUCCAUUGAAGCAGUCACACGUGGUCUGCGUGGCUUACGACAUCGACGUGGUCGACCCGAACAUCUCAUUCAAGAAGCAUUAAGAGUCGAUUAUUGUAACUUUGCUAUCUUAGAACGUGAUGCACGUACUCGUGAUUGGAUCGUUCGAUUACCUGAAGCACAUAAUGCUCCUUACGGUGCAGAGCUAACUCGGCAAAGUAUCAUACCACUUUACGGUAUUAGCACACGACACAUUACUCCACAAACCGUGGGACAACUACGGCCACAUCCAUCGUCACACUCUCAUCGACGUCGGCAUCGACAUCAAAAUCAGUACCAUCAUCAUCAUCGUUAA